GAAAAAAAGCAGAGGCAUUACGCCAUUCUUGCCUCUCUUGGAAAAAAAAGAAGUGGGAUUUAAAGAAGUUUCUUACAAGGUAUCCUGCAGAGCGGUUCCUGGACUGUUUGAGUUCUCUCAUUUGAUUUCUGUUCGUCCGUCACUGGCAGGAUCUCUCCAGCACUAUGGUUCUUACACAUGUGAGACGGGAGAAGAAGGAUUUACAGGACUCGUUUCUUCAACUUCUAAAGCUCAGUCGUAGUCCACAUCUUUCCUCCUGCAGCCUCGCAUGUGUCUUUAGCCUGUUUCAGACGAGAGAAGCGCUUUUUGUUCUCUUUUCCUGCGGCGGAGCGCAGAGGAAACUCAGAGGAUGAAGGACUCGGAGAGAACAGGACUUCUCCUCCUUCUUUUCUGUAGCCGAACAGGUCAAUUUAUUCUGAACUGACUGCUGCACUUUUUGUUUUUUUAGACAAUGACGGCCUGGAAAAAGGCAAAAGGGUUUUAGGAUGAAAGUUGUGACGCGUCUUUCUCUUCUGCUCAGCUGCUGGACUCUCUUUAACCUGCAUCCCGUCCUCGGCUCUCUGAGCCGGACCAGACCGGCAGAAGACCACCGCUACCGGCUCGGAGAGGCGGCGGAGCGCGCAGCAGGCGGCGGUGACAGAGAGCAAACUCACGGAAGAGCCGGUGGAAGGCAGCCGAUGACGGCUCCCGGGACGUGGAAACACUCGUCAGGGAUUUCGGGACGAAUCACGCGUAUCCGUGCAGGUCCUCCGCUAAUCAGCGGAGAGACGACUAUUGUCAAGAGCAAACCUGCUGCUCUGACAUCUGCCUCUUCUCCGCUGAACCGAGCACAUCUGCAGCAGCAGCAGCAGCGGGACGGAGCAGUGAGCUCAGUGCGCAAAGAGGCUGCGCGCUCCUGGCUGCCCGCAGGGGAGGCGCGCGUCAAAGCUGCUGGGGCGACAGGAGGCUCACCGGGGAAGAGUUUAGUUCAUGUGGCCUCCAGGGUUCGGACCUGGACGGGGUUUCAGCAGAGCGCGGCUCCGGUGGCGCAGCGGGGAGUCAGCAGCAAAACUCUGAAACCGAGCGACCGGGAGGCGCAGCACAAGCAGCCGCUGGUCAUCCCCCACGACUACAUGCUGUCCCUGUACUGGUCUCUGUCCAGCGGGGACCUGAACAGCAGCGCGCUGCACGAAGCGGGUCUGGCCAACACCAUCACCAGCUUCGUGGAUAAAGGACAAGAUGAGCGUGGGCCCUUUCUGCGACGCCAGAGGUAUCACUUCAACAUCAGCUCUCUGGAACGGGACGGGCUCCUGGGGGCCGAGCUUCGCAUCCUUAGGAAGCGCCUGCCCGACCCCCGCAGGGCCUCAAUGGGAUCCACCGCUGCUGACGUGACGGGAGGCUCGGCCCCCCACCUGAAGCUAUCCACCUGCACUUCAGGUAAACAAAAGCCAGUUGUGUUACAAACAAGGACCCUGGAAGAUCUGCUCAGUGGAUUUGGCAGCAAAUGGGAAGUUUUCGACAUUUGGAAGGUCUUCAGGGGCUUCAAGAACCAGCAGGACCAGCGCUCUGAGCAGCUGUGCUUUGAGCUGGAGGCCCUGGAGCACCGAGGCGGUCGCCCCGUGGACCUGCGGACUCUGGGCUUCUCACGACUUGGACGGACCAACAAGGAAAAAGCUUUCUUCUUGGCGUUUGGCAAAAGCAAGAAACGCGACCUUUUCUAUAAUGAGAUCAAAGCGCGGUCGGGCCAUGACAACAAAACUGUCUACGAGUACCUGUUCACCCAGCGACGAAUGCGCCGGGCCCCCGCGGCACGGGGCGCAAAAAAGACUCUGCAGCAUCCGCCGCCUCCGCCCCAGUUACUCCCUCAACACCAGGCGGCAAAGACGAGGCCGCGCUGCCACCGGAGACGACUCCACGUCAACUUCAAGGAGAUGGGCUGGGACGACUGGAUCAUCGCACCGCUGGAGUACAACGCCUUUCACUGCGACGGGGCCUGUGACUUCCCCAUCCGAUCGCACCUGGAACCGACCAACCACGCCAUCAUCCAGACCCUCAUCAACUCCAUGGACCCGGACUCGACGCCGCCCACCUGCUGCGUCCCGACCCGGCUCAGCCCGAUCAGCAUCCUCUACAUCGACUCGGCCAACAACGUCGUCUACAAGCAGUACGAGGACAUGGUGGUGGAGUCCUGUGGAUGCAGGUAGCACUGAAACAGACACAAAAACACGUCGGCUGCAGAUUCGUUUGUUAAUAUUAUGAUAAAAUCUAAAGCUGGACGAUCUACGCUGAGCUGGGGAGUUGUUAUUUUAGAAACAGACAUGACUCUUCACACUCAAGUGGGCUAUCAGACUGCAUACCAAAGACUGCUCAAGACUAAACAGAGGAAGAUAAACUCAUGGAGGUGAUGCUCUUUAACGCCCACUCACUAAAACAACACAAAGAUGCACCGUGGAGAAGCCAGAUACCAGAACACACACGCCUGAUGAACUCUCAUGGAGGAUUUUUAUGGCCCCUUUUAUUUUUAUUUCUCUUUAGGUUUGUAAAAAGUUUUAAAAAGCGCACAUUGGUUGAAACAUUAAGUAAAUCAUACUCAUGAACUUUUCCAGCUCUUAUGUGAUGAAAUCAUUUGUAUUUCUUAUCCGAGACUUUUUUUUAUAAAGCAUGUGAAGAAUUCCUGAUGUAUAAAUACUGGCCACUGAUGAAAUGCUAAUCUGACCUGCUACAAAUGUGGGAACGUUGCAUAAACUAGUCUUCAAUAAAAACCUGACCAAGGUCCAAACUCCUAUCAGUGUGAGCCUCUGCCCCCCCUCCAAGACUCUCCAGACUAAACUGUCAAAGGAAUUUGUGAGAUUUUUUAGAUGCCAAAAUUAGAAUUUAUCCCAAGAGCGACUGUUUGAUCUGGAACAUUUGUGUUUAAAUUGGUUGGCUUAACAAACUACUUCAUGGUCAUGUCAAAGGGUACAACAAGUUAGUGGAUGCAAAUCAGUAAAAAGUUGUUUGUAAAAGUC